UCACAUGAUUCUUUAGAUCUUUGUAAUGAUUAGAUAGAUAGUCAACUCAACUCAAUUCCAAAAACAGAUCUACGACUGAAAUGGCAGAAGGACAAGGACCCUCCCCACCAUUAGAUGGGAAUAAUGUAGAUCUAAGUGAUAGUUGCCGGGUAAUGCCAAAUGACUUGGACGACUCGAUAAUAGAACAGGGUGAAAUUCAGCAAUUACUAACUGCAGAUAAAGUUCCACCUGAAUUAAAAGAAAUUGACCCAUCAAAUAUCAAACAUUUGUAUGACAACUGCCGAGACAUUCAUAUUGUCAUGACUGGAGUAACAGGAUCAGGGAAAUCAGCGAUUGCAAAUGCACUUCUUGGAAAUUCGAAGGAGACCUCGGAUAUGUUUGCGGAGGGAAGUUAUCUUGAUCCCUGUACACAAGAGGUUGCUGGCAAGAAAUCAAGACGGAAUCACAAGAUAAAGCUGACUGUGUGGGAUUCACCAGGACUCAAAGAUGGCACUAGUAAGAAACAUCAGAAACAAUAUCUAAAAGAGGUAGCUGGUGUUAUGAGCGUGUACGGGUACGAUUUAAGCAUUCACUGCAUCAAAGCAGAUACUCGAUUUGUUGAUGGUGAAGACAACGGGUCUGUACAAGCAAUGAAAAUAUUGACAAAGAAAUACGGUAGCAAGUUCUGGGAAAAGACAGUAAUUGUUCUCACUUUUGCGGAUGUCAUCGAAUCGUUUAACCCAGAAUGGAAAAGGCUUGGAGAAGAAGAAAAGAUCGUUGAGUUUCACAAACAAGUUUUGAAAUACGACCAUCAAAUCAGAAAAAAUUUGGAGGAAUGUGCAAAAGUUAAAAAAGAGAUUGUGAAUCAAAUCCGAAUAAUUCCUGCUGGUCACUAUUCAGAACCAAAGCUUCUCGAUCGAAGCUACUGGCUCUCUACCCUUUGGUUUCAAUGUCUUGAUACCAUCCCAACUUUAGACGCUAAAGCUUCUCUCGUGCGUUAUCAUCAAGAUAGACUUGUUGAAGAAGAUCCUUUCCAGAACCCUGAAAAUUGCAACAUUACAUUAGAUGUUUCUUUUGUUCCUCGAGAUUUUCUACGGUUUAAACGAAAGUGGGCAAUAAUUGGAGCAGGAUUCGGUGCAUUUGGAGUGUUUUUGGCAUUAAUAACCAUACCUUUAGGCUACUGGGGAGGUGGUAAAUGGGGUCAAAAGAAAUACAUCAUUAAAAACUGCCGCAUCCAAAGACAGUUACCGUGUUAAACACUCGCCCACGUGCAAUCGUUUUCUUAGUAAUGGAAUAUUAUGGUAUAUAAUAACAUACAUUGUAUUAUUAUAAUUUAUAUUUGAUAUGUAAUUUUAGUGUAUAAUUAUUAUGUAUACUUAUUAUUUUAUGUCCUAUAGAACUACUAUUUCUACUUGAAAUCAAACAUUUUCUGACACAUGA